CAGCAUCAGGGAGGGGGUGUCCCAGCUCCCCUCCGCCCCUUGCCACAGGCAGGGUUUGGCUGGGGGUAUAAAUAGGCCAUGGCUCAGCCCUCCCCACUGUGUCCCUCUCUCUCUGUCUGUCUGUCUCCCAUCUCUGCAUUUCCUCUGGUUGGCUUGGUACUGCCUACGAGAGCAUCAUGGCAAGUCCUCUGGAAAAGUGUUUGGAGGUAAUGGUGGCCACAUUCCACAAGUACUCUGGGAAGGAGGGGGACAAGUUCAAGCUCAACAAUAGAGAGCUGAAGGAGUUGGUGACCCGGGAGCUCCCUGGCUUCUUGGGGAAAAAUACAGAUGAGGCUGCCUUUCAGAAGCUAAUGAGCAACCUGGACAACAACAGGGAUAGUGAAGUUGACUUCCAGGAGUAUGCUGUCUUCCUGUCCUGCAUUGCCAUGAUGUGCAAUGAUUUCUUCCAAGGCUACCCCGACAAACUACCCCGGAAGAAAUAAAGGGGAGAGGUGGUGAUGGUGGGAAAUGGAAGAGGGAAAACAAGGAAGCUUGGGGGGGAGGGAGAGGGAGGCAACUGGGGUGAGGGUGGGAACCUAGGGCCAUGGAAGUAUCUUCCUGGAGCCUAAGGUGGGGGCACAUUUCACUUUAUCUCCAUGGUGAUGCUGAAGAUCAAUCACCUGGGUCACUGAGUAAAGCAAAUAAAGAUUUCCUGCAUGAA